UGUCGAGGACUGAUGUGUGUCAGGAAUUCUUUCAGCCGAUGGUAUGAAAGAAGAUGGACACACUAAAUAAACUGAAACAAUUUGAUGCAUAUCCGAAAACUCUUGAGGAUUUCCGAAUUAAAACAUGCGGCGGAGCUACGGGUGAGUGUUUUUUUGGCAGUGCUCUAGUUACAAGUAUAACACAUUAAUACUAUUCCCAGUUGCUAGCAGUAGCAUAACCCAUUCAUAGACGCUAACUACCUUUAUCGCCUAUUGACGAUAUUAUCUUCUGGCCGGCGAACUUUUGUUAAGAGCCCCAACGCUCGUUCUGAACGUUAAAACGCAUCGCUUGCGGUACGGUUUUGGAAACGAAAGGAACGUAUCUUUCAUAUCACCAAGAAAUAAGCUUAAAUUACUACACCUUUUAUAGGGUUAGGGUUCCCACACAGACAUAUUUCCAUAUUACAGCGUUUAUUUACGGAAGACAGAGGCGUACAAAUUGGCUAGCUGCGUCUCCGAACACCUAACGUUAUGUUUUAACGGAAAAAGACGCCACAAACGUGUUGUCACUGAAAAAUACUGUCAGCUGCAACUGUUAAAACAGUGUACAGUAAGUGUAUAUUUAGCUUUUGUGAAAUUAUUUUGAUGUGAGGGCUUUAUAGGUUUCUAGAACCGUACCGUAAUUGAGAAUCGAUUCAUGUUUAGAUGGGAGUAUUGGCUGUUUUGUCUGCCAGAGCCAAUUCGCCUCUAAACUGAACAUGUAAGGUCCUUGGACUAUAGAGUACUACAGUAUGAGUCAUAAUACCCAUAAAACCUGGCGGUCAAACGGGGAAAUGGUUCCAAUCGUUUUUCCACCAUUCAUUUUUACCAUAGGGGAUUUUAGAAACACUUAAAAUAAGGGCUGUGUUUUGUGUAGGCUUAUCCUGGUGUGACAUUUUGAUAACCGUGUAAAUCUCUCUCAGACAAGGUGACUUAUCAAUAUAUUUGCCUGUAUUUACCCCCAACAAAUGAAACACUAAUUAUAAUAAUAAAUAAUAAUAUGCCAUUUAGCAGACGCUUUUAUCCAAAGCGACUUACAGUCAUGCGUGCAUACAUUUUUGUGUAUGGGUGGUCCCGGGGAUCGAACCCACUACCUUGGCGUUACAAGCGCCGUGCUCUACCAGCUGAGCUCCAGCAGGUUGCGUUUUGUCGUUGUUUCGCCCACCAAGUAAUUAGCUACUAAUGUGGCUAUCAUAAAGAACUACAAAUGACAUGAUGAUCUGGACGAGACUGCUAAAUUGAGGCAAAGGUAAGAAUCUCUGGAUUAACUAUCUAAUGUUAGCUAAAUGUAGUAAUUCAUUAAUUGGCUUAAUUUCUUUAUAUUGACCUGUUAGUGAAGGUGCCAGCUAGAGAUGACGUGCAGGAGCUUGCAGGGAUUUGUUUUGAUGCUAAUUAGCAUUUUCCAAUCUGAGCGAAAAUAGAACCGAAUAUAUUGAUAAGUCACCUUGUCAGAGAGAGCUUUACAUGGUUAUCAAAACAUCACGCCAGGGUAAGCCUACACGAAACACAGCCCUUAUUUUAAGUGUUUCUAAAAUCCCCUAUGGGGAAAAAUUAAUGGUGGAAAAAAGGAUUGGAACCAUUUUCCUGUUUGACCGCUAAGUUUUAUGGGUAUUAUGACACCUCCACUGUGGGGCGGAAAAUCUGUCUCCCUCCAGCAGGUUGCGUUUUGUCGUUGUUUCGCCCACCAAGUAAGGAGUUUUUGUAUGUCGAAUUUGGUCAACAAAAAAAUUAAUAGCUUAUUUGCUAUGUGAGGUUUAUUUGAUCAAAUAGAAGUGUUGUAAUGCUUAAGUUGUUAUGAGUAUACUGAUAUAAGUAGGACAUUGACAUGCAGGCAACUUUGAGAAAAAAACACUUUAUAUCGGAGUUGUCUCGAGAUGGCUAUGCAUAUUCAUGGCAGGAGGCUAGUAGCAUAGCAUCUGUCUCCAUUGAAUACAGGCGGUUGACGUCAAGAACCCUCAUCGAAUAUUUAAAAAAGUAUUACAAUAAUGAGAUGUAUCCACCAAUCCAAAGAAAGGAUAGGCAGGAGCUAGACAGCCCGCUGUCUUACAUUUCCCAUUGUUAGGGUGGAGAGACCUGUAUCUUGUCAGUAUAUCCAUAAUCUUUUACUAUAAAGAGUAACGUUUAGCCUGGUCUCAUAGACUAGACGUAACUUAGUAAAUGUAAAUCUGAGACCCUCAAAUUACUAUGAUAUGGUACGUUUGGUAUGGUUAAAUAAGACAGCAGGUUACUUAAGACAAAAACAAAACUGUUUGUCGGACUGGAUUGGUGGGCGUAUAAUGCGAACGUCUAGCAACCUAAAGGUUGCAUGUUCGAAUCUCAUGGACAUUUUUAGCUAAAUAGCAACUUUGCAACUACUUGCAACUUUUUAGCUACUUUGCAACUACUUAGCAUGUUAGCUAACCCUUCCCCUAACCUUAAUCCUUUAAACUAACCCUAACCGUAACCCUUAACCCAUAGCCUAGCUAACGUUAGCCACCUAUAUAAUGUUAGGUUUAGCAACCUAGCUAACGUUAGCCACAACAAAUUGGAAUUCAUAUCAUAUCGUACGAAUUGCAAUUUGUAACAAAAUGGAUGAUGGACAUCCACAAAUGAAUACAUACCAUGCAACAUGUACUAUGUUACUAUGUUAUGUCUACCCCUGAGCUUAGGUUGUAACAUUAGCCUCCUUUAGUCCAUUAUUGGGCUAGUAUGAGCACUGUGUUUGGGCUAGCAUUCUAGAUCUCAGACUGUUACUAGGCUACAUCUGCGGGGAAACGGAUGACUAGCUACAAUAGUUCUCUAAAGUUCAAUGGGAUUUGGUGAUAUUCUGACAUGCAUUUUUCUCUUUCCCCCUUUUACAGUCACCAUCAUAAGUGGUCUCAUCAUGUUGAUCCUGUUCUUCUCAGAGUUGCAGUAUUAUCUCACUAAGGAGGUGGGUUCAUGUGAUUUUUCUGAAAAUAGUCAGGUACGCUAGUGUAGGUAUGCCAGCCAGGUAUGUGGUUAAGAAGCUAGCUCUGUGUGGACCACACUGAAGGAUUCUCUAAUGGAGAACAGGCAACUAGGAGAACAAUAGCUGACUAAACUCAACUCACGGCGAAUCGUGUGAGUGGACUGGAGUUCCGGCGUCGCUUAAAAUUAUGUUUUUAUCAAAAGCGAUGCAUUUCAGCACCCAAAGAAUAGCCUGCAUUUACACUAGUCACCGCCAUCGUAAAUCGUUUAGUUUAGUCAGCUAGGGAACUAAACAGCUAGCUACUAUGUUUAGGUUCAAGCUUUGCAUGUAACACUUAACAUUUUACAUUUUAGUCAUUUAGCAGACGCUCUUAUCCAGAGCGACUUACCUGAGCAAUUAGGGUUAAGUGCCUUGCUCAAGGGCACAUCGACAUAUUUUUCACCUAGUCGGCUCGGGAUUAGAACCAGCGACCUUUCGGUUACUGGCACAACGCUCUUAACCACUAAGCUACCUGCCGCCCUUCUGGUUUGUAAACUCUUAAGACAGACAGUGGUAUUCAAACCCUUUCAGCCAAGCCCUUUGCGAUUUCAAAAAACGUGUAAUCAAAUGUAUAGUUAACGAUUGAGAAAAGCUGGAGGCCGGAAAAGAGUGAGACAGGUAGCGCGCAAAAGUAAAAGUGGUACGAGAGACAGAACGAGAGACAGAACGAGAGCAAGACAGACAGACAUUACGAGAGCGAGACAGUUUGUGCAAAGGAAGUUUUCAUGCACAAACCCUCAUUAUGGAAAACAAACGUAGAAAUGCAUAUGAUGCAGCUUUUAAGUUAAAGGCAGUCAAUCUGGCUGUAAAAUGAGGAAAUAGAGCUGCUGCACUUAGCCUUGGCAUCAAUGAGUCAAUGGUGAGACGUUGGAGACGCCAGCGGGAAGAACUGUCUCAAUGCAAAAAGUCAAAAAAAGCUUUCAUAUGGUAAUUAAACAUUAAAACACCUGCGGCUUAUAGUCCAGUGCGGCUUAUAUAUGUACACAUCAUUCAAUUUAGCUGCUGCGGCUUAUACUCCGGUGCGCCUUAUAGUGCGGAAAAUACGGUAAUCAAAUGAAAAGUUAAUUAUUGUCUGAUUAAUCAGGCUGUAAUGCACAAUUAAUUGGUGUAUAUACAGCCUGAAACAUUGGAGUGCAAAAUCGUUUAAAUGUUCCUUACAAGCCAGAAUGUUGAAUACAAUUAAAUGUGAACUUACUCUACCAGUUGUCUGUGCAACCUGUAGAGUAAGGAAAGUAUUGCUUACCCAACUUUUUAGAGAGCGGUAGGUUUGCCACUGCCAUGUAAUGUAUUCGGGGGCGUUUGGCAAAUAACAUUUGAUUUGAUUUGCCAGCUGAAUGUGAGGGAACGUAAUUCGGUAGUGUUUACAUCGGGUGCGUCAGUAGAUUGCAAAUACACACCGGAAAUACAAGCUGACAGAACCAUAUACCUACCAGCUCGCUAAAAAGUAGUGUAAACAAUACUUUUAUGUGGAUAUGUUGUCAAAAAUGUAGAGCGGCUGAAGGACAAGCCGUACCGACAACCGGCAGAGUAUAUUGAAAUUGUAUUUUAUUCAACAUUCUGGCUUGUAAGGAACAUUUACAUGCUUUUGCACUUCAAUGUUUCAGGCUGUAUAUAACAAUGAAUUGUGUAUUAUAGCCUGAUUAAUCAGAUAGUUAAUUUCCACUCCAUUGACACCUGGGCAACUGGGAAUGCUAAAAAUGUCAAUGGUGGGUAUAGUGCUAAAAUACAAUGACUGGCCUAUUUGAGGAUGAUUAGAAUAUCACUAUUUUUAUGUUUUUCUUAUUAAGCCAUCUGUCAUAACUUUUACCCACAGUUCUUUGAAACUCCAUCUAUGGGGCCCGGUCCACACUUUAAGUACCACUGCUUUAUGACUUGCAAAAUAUUAAUAUUGUUCUGCCAACACAGGUCCAUCCUGAAUUGUUUGUGGACACAUCACGAGGAGACAAACUGAAAAUCAACAUUGAUGUGAUAUUUCCUAACAUGCCAUGUGCCUGUAAGUAACUUACACAAAUACUUGUGUUCAGACCUUGCAUGCAUCAUCACAUUAAUUUACAUGUGCACAAUUAACCCCUAUUUGUGCUUGUUUAUGUGAUAUUAUAAACAGUUAAACAAAAUGUCACAUGAACAAGGAACAAAAUAUGACAUUUUAACUGAAUGUGCAAGGUUAGGCCUACUUCAACUUAAAAUCUAAGUUAAUCUCUUUAGGAAUGUGCAUGAAGCAAUAUGUUAAUUGCACAGUUGAAGUAUAUGACAUUUGCAACACCACCUUGUCCUUCAGAUCUAAGCAUUGAUGCCAUGGACGUAGCUGGAGAGCAGCAGUUGGAUGUGGAACACAACCUGUUCAAGCAAAGGCUCGACAAGGAUGGCAAUCCUGUCACUACAGAGGCAGAGAAGCACGGUAACCAUCUUGUUAAUUAGCUUGCUUGUAAUUCAUGGAGAGCUGUGCUGUUUUCCCUCAUUGAAAAGUUAAUGUUUUUCACUGGGUCAUGGAUAUUGUUUUGAUGUCAUCUCAUGUAGAUUUGGGACAAGAGGAAGGUGACAUUUUUGACCCCAGUAAGCUAGAUCCUGAGCGCUGUGAAAGCUGCUACGGAGCAGAGAUGGAGGAUUUGAAGUGAGUUUCCAAGACUGGAAUACCCUUAAAGAACAUGCACCAUCUUCCCAUGACCAAAGACCAAGGGUUUCCCUGUCAAUUUCAUAACUAAAAUCCCUUGACUGUGAAAUUGGAUUUGUUACAAAGAAUUCAUGAGGUUUCAUUUGAGAGCUUGUACUUACUUAAUUGAGCCUUAAAUUAUUUUUCUGAACAUAUGCCAUCAAUGAAUGAAUGAGCUUAUCUCAAAUCAAAUCUUAUUUGCCACAUGUGCUGAAUACAACAGGUGUAGACCUUACAGUGAAAAGCUUACUUACAAGCCCUUAACCAACAAUGCAGUUUUUAAGAAAAUAAAAAGUGUUAAAUAAAAUAUAGAUGAGUAAAAAAAAUAGCAAAUAAUUAAAGAGCAGCAGUAAAAUAACAUAACAGUAGGGAGGCUAUACGCUAUUGUCCAACAUUUGAGUGUGACAUUGACAUAUUGCCUGUGCUUUUCUGUAGGUGCUGUAACACCUGCGAUGACGUACGAGAGGGUUAUCGCAGGCGGGGCUGGGCCUUCAAGAACCCGGACACCAUCGAGCAGUGCAAGAGGGAGGGCUUCAGCCAGAAGAUGCAGGAGCAGAAGAACGAGGGUUGCCAGAUCUACGGCUUUCUGGAGGUCAACAAGGUAACUAGUCUUAAACAGAUGCUGAGUACAUCAUCAGAAAGAAUAGUCAGUACUCACACUCUGAUUUACACUCCAAAAAGGUAUGUUUUAUUUCAUGGCUGACAAUGUUUACACCAUUGCCUGGUCUUCAAAUGGUCAGGUUGGAAACAACAUAUGAUUUUAAAUGGAUCAUCACCUUUUGGGAGCAUAAUUCUGUGUGGUUAUAUUAAAAGAAAUAGGGAUGGAAGUGUACUGUAGCUGAGAUUUUAUAUUUUGUGAGGCGCUUUAAUGCAUUCAUAUACAUUUUCAAUCUGCAAAUAUUACGUUCAUUGUCUGACUUUCUUUUAAACUCUUCACUUUGUCUGGUUUUUUGUUAGGUGGCAGGAAAUUUUCACUUUGCCCCUGGAAAGAGUUUCCAGCAGUCCCAUGUUCAUGGUAAGACCUGCAUUUUACUGUCUAGUCUGAAGUCCAUAGGUGUGGAAAACCCGAAUCUGAUUUUCUUUCUAUAUCCAUUUUUUCCCGCACAGUUUUACAUGUGCCCCAUAUCAGAUUUGCGCAUUCACACUGAUCUGAAUUGGGCUGCUUGUGUAAACACAACCCUGGUCUAAAUGAGUUGUUCCCCUGGUCUGAUAUCAAUUUAUCUAAGGAAAAUACAAAUUCUGUUUUCCAUCCAUACCCAUGACAGAAAGUAAAUCCUCUGAAUUGCAUAAAGCCAAACAGGUUGCGGACUGAAUUGGGUUGGAAGUCGAAAAUUGCUUACUUGCUACCAGAAACACCUUGUGGUUUUAUAACCACUAGUCUGUCUCAGACCAGAUGUAGGUACAGACCCUUUUGUAGUGUAGAUUUUGCCCCUAGAACAUUCUCAGAGGAUAGCCAAGGAAAGACAAAUAUUAACCGGUAAGUUCACUUGCAAGUCACUAGGCCAGUAAAGGCAUUUCUUGUGCAUCCAUAACUAAUUUUUACAGUAAAACACUGUCGUAAAUCCUUUUGUAAAUGGUGCAUGUUUUUCUUUUUCAUCAUUCCUUUCGUUGUCUUUUGCUAGACUUCUUCCCUUCUUUCCUAAUGGGAUCCAUUGCAAUCUAAGUCAUUAAUUGUAGCUAUUUUUUUUUAUCUCAUGAAAACAUCUGAUCUUUAUGGCAGAGGUGAAAAUAUGUGUCAAACUAAGUAGCUCUUUUUUCCCCACAGAUAAACGCAACGUUCUGGCUGUAAAUGAAUGGAUAAUUGACUCACUUGCUUUAUCAUUAAUGUUGCCUACUAAUAACACUAACAUACUAAUCAAGUUAUUUAGCAUUGACACUCUGUUGAAAAAAUAUGAAUGUGAAAUGUAUUAAUUUGUUUGGCAAACUGAUUACAAAACAUUUAUUGCAAUGGAUUUUCCUAAUUAAAUAAUGUUGCUGGGCUUGACAGAAGUCUGAAUUGCGCUCCAACUGCAGAAGUGGGCAUGAGAACAUUAGUCAAGUUACUAAAAUAUUUCACUGAUGUAACCUUUGUUACUGUGUGACAAUACAGGCGUAUUUGUCAUUGAGGCACUGUUGUAAUUUGAUUUACCCUAAACUCAUUUCUCAAGAAUUGCUGAUAGAGUAGCAUGGUACAUAACCAGAUGAAGUUGUAGGCCCAAAGUACUAUUCUCUCAACUUGCUCGGUGGCAUUGAAAGGUGUCCCUCGUCAUCAACACCAUGUACAGAAAGCAUAGAGCAGAAAGAUUCACCAGCUCAAUGCUGAUUUUAUUUUCUCCCAAAAAAAAUAUUCUGGACUAGUACUACUGUCUAUGUCUGCUUAAAGGCAGAAACAAGAGACAAGAUUCCCUUUGUGAUAAGAAUUUGGCCGUAUAUGAAAUACCAGAUGUGAUGAACUCCCUUCAGAGGCUUAAUGCCUUUGGCCAGCCUCUUAGGACUGUGGCUUUUUCUGUGUAGCCCAACAUGCGUCAUAUAGUGUACUCUUCUCUCUUCUAUUCUGCAGUGCACGCUGUGGAAAGUAAGUUAUUUUUGUAGUUAACAUCCACCCCUACCCUGGUCCCAGAUCUGUUUGUGCUCUUGCAUACUCCAUUGCUGUCCUUGUCAAGCCAAAGACAAGGUUUGUCAUGACAGUGAGUUGGCAUAAGAGCACAAACAGACUGGCACUCAGGCAACAUCCCUCACAUCAUUCCCUUCUAAAUUGUCCAGUCAAAUAUCAAACUUUGUUUAUGAAGAGGUUGUCAGUCAGAAUUGACCCUGUUACUUAAAGUCUAGCGAAGACAGAACCAACGCUGCUUCUAACUUGUGGUUUAAAACGGUCCUUUUGAAUAACCAGCGUGUGAUUGUUGGUUUGAUCUUUAUUGGAGGUGGUACACACAGUAAUCUACAUCACUUUUCUGAGGGCUCAACAAUAACUUGUAAUGGGAGAGUCGUAGAUUACGAGAAUAGUAAGCCCUCAUAUACUCUAGGUAAACAGAACAUAACUGAUGAUGCUAUCAGAUCACAGCAUUAAUAACAUUUUGUCUCUUAUUUUCAGUUCAUGAUCUGCAGAGUUUUGGACUAGACAACGUAAGUACAUUUGACAAAUCUUGUCUUGCCAAGGCAAUGUCCUCCAUACACGUGAACGCUUAUUUGAAUUGUCCUACAGAUCAACAUGACUCACUUGAUCAAGCAUCUAUCCUUUGGGAGAGACUACCCUGGUAUCGUCAAUCCUUUGGAUGGCACCGAUGUUGCAGCAUCACAAGGUUAG